AUGGCAUUAUAUGGUCCUUUGCUUUAUGCAUGGUUACCAUUGCUGGUAUUCUUGUUACAAGCAUUUCACGGUGGAUCUGCACACAGUUCCUGCAGUGAAAACAAUGGUGGAUGUGACCAAAACGCUCUUUGUUCAGACGACCCAACUACAGGCGCAAUGAAGUGCACCUGUAAAACUGGUUAUACCAACACUGGUUGUGAUGACAAAGUUGUCUGCACAGAUAGUUGCACUGUCAACAAUGGAGAUUGUCAUUCAAACGCCGAUUGCUCGCAUGAUGCUACGACAAAUGCAGUGCAAUGCAUUUGUAAUACCGGCUAUACCAACACAGGUAGCGGCUCCACCGUUGUCUGCACAGAUAGUUGCACUGUCAACAACGGAGCUUGUGAUCCGAACGCCUUCUGCUCACAUGAUGCUAAGAAAAAUGCCGUAAAAUGUACCUGUAAAGCUGGAUAUACGAACACUGGUAGCGCCGACAAUGUUGUCUGCGCAGAGAGUUGCCCCGCCGACAAUGGCGCUGAUGACCCAAACGCCAUUUGCUCAAGUGAUGCUGGCAACGAUCAAAGGAAGUGCACCUGCAAAGCUGGUUACACCAACAUUGGUUGCCAUCGCCGAGUUGUCUGCCGAGGUACGAUGAUUUCCGAUAAGAUAGAUGCAUUCCCUCCUCAUCUCCAUACUUCAGACAGUUGCACUGCCAACCACGGAGGCUGUGAUGCAAACGCCGAUUGCUCACACGACGCUACCACGAAUGCAGUAGUAUGCACCUGUAAAACCGGUUAUACCAACACAGGUAACGCGUCCAAUGUUGUCUGCACAGAUAGUUGCACAGUCAGCAAUGGAGGCUGUCAUCGAAACGCCGUUUGCUCCCAUGAUGCUAAGACAAAUGCUGUAGUAUGCACCUGUAAAACUGGUUAUACCAACACUGGUAGCGGAUCGAAUGUUGUCUGCACAGACAGUUCCUCAGAAAGCAAUGAGGCUUGUGGUCGACACGCAGUUCGCUCACGUGAUCCUGAGACAAAUGCAGUAGUAUGCACCUGUAAAACAGGUUAUACCAACACUGGUAGAGGAUCCGACGUUGUCUGCACAGGUAGUGGAUCCAACGUGGUCUGCACAGAAAGCAAUGACGCUUGUGGUCGAAACGCCGUUCGCUCACGUGAUCCUAAGACAAAUGCAGUAGUAUGCACCUGUAAAACUGGUUAUACCAACACAGGUACUGGAUCCAACAUUGUGUGCACAGACAGUUGCACAGUCAGGAAUGGAGCUUGUGAUCGAAACGCCGUUUGCUCCCAUGAUGCUAAGACAAAUGCAGUAGUAUGCACCUGUAAAACUGGUUAUACCAACACAGGUAGUGGAUCCAACAUGGUAUGCAGAGACAGUUGCGCUGUCAACAAUGGAGGCUGUGAUGCAAACGCCGUUUGCUCACAUGAUGCUAAGACCAAUGCAGUAGUAUGCACCUGUAAAACUGGUUAUACCAACACAGGUAGUGGAUCCAACGUGGUCUGCACAGGUAUGGCAAUUUAA